CUUAUCUAUUAUAGUAGGUAAAGUUUACCAAGAAGUUGGAACAACCGGCUCUUAGUAACGAUAAAAAUAUCUUUUUUAUAAUUAGACAGUUAGAUUCAUAGAAACAUCCAAUUUAAAUAUAGUUAGUUCAAUCUGCAUAAACAUGCGAUAGUUGUAAUUUGGCUGAAUUUUUAUUUUAAAAAUACUACGUUCGAAGCAAAUCAUAUAUAUAACUUGAAUGACUUUUUCGAAUAUCUCGUGCUCCGCCAAUCUCUCACAAUGCUCCGAAUUUCUUUUUCGCGAUCUAAAAUUCAUUAUUUUACGGCUCAAGACGAUAAUUAUGUGCGGUACGAUUAUCGAGGUACAAUCACACAUACACGCUACUUUGCAGGCAUCGAUGUCGCGCCGCGCCGUUCUAAAUGCAAAUGAGAUUUCAAACCUCUCGUUGCAAAUUCAACGUGACGUUAAAAAAAAAAAAAACACAUCGCGUUGACAUUCUGGACGGAUGAAUGCUUUUCGGCAAUCUUCGGCCCGAAAAGUGUGUCGAAUAGCGCGCUCUCGGCUAUCGCUCGCGGCCACUUAAUGACGCUUAAGCGCGAAGACAUCGGGGCUUUUUUUUUUCGCUCAGGGUCGCCAUAGGCUGGUGUGUCUCGUGUAAAACGCACGCCGGGCUAACGGGACGGCGCGAGGUAGUGGAAAUGAGUCACUCGUCGUUACUGCUCGCCGCCAACCGUCGUCUAUAACUGAGCAAAUAAGUCGCAGUCGUGCCGCCCGCCGAGGACGACGACUCGCCUCGCAACCGUGUGAACUCGAUACAACUAACGUUGUACACGCAAAAGAAAAAAAAAGAGUAUUUCCCGUUGUCUUUUUUCUCUCUUUUUUUUUCCGAUACUUCCGUUCGAGUAAUGCGCCUCUGGAGUUCCCACCCGACGCGGAACGCGAACGUUUCGACGCAUUUUUGAGUCAAAGUGUUCUCCGCGCGUGCGAAGUCUAUAUUACUUUUGAUGUUUUCGCCGUCGCAAUUAAAAUCGACAAUCGUCGUCCGAUGAAUGAAAGCGUCGCCCGGAGCGAAGCGGAUCGGGCGAUCGACGACGCUCGCUCUCUCGCGCCAAUGGGUCGCGUCGCACCUGCAGAAACGGCGAGUUGUUUACGAAAAACGGUAGAUAAAUAUAAUUAAGAGCUCCGAGGAUUCUCGUGCCAACGGCGUGUUGUCGUGCCCGCGAUAUGACAAACCGACGUAUUCGAUCUUUACGCGAAUAAAUGACGAAAGUGCAAAAUACCGCCGGUAUCCGCGGCACAGAUAACGUACGCGCGCCCACCGCCCACGGUUAUUAUAUUACCAGCGAGUCGCCGUACGUGAGUAUAUUUUCUAGCGACGAAAAUGUCGCUUAGCUGACCGCCAACGGGAAACGAGGCGCAGCAGGUGUGCGCGAGAGGUGUCACGCCUUUGACGCUCCGGCUUAAUCGCCGAUGUGAUGUUUGGCCGCGAUGUCCCUCACCUCGCGAACAAACAGAUGGGCCUCGAGAGUAAUCAUCAUAUUGCAGCUAGUCACCUGGAACGCCGUCGGCGUCAUUCUUCUUCACAGAGGCGUCAGUACCCUGCGUAGGAGAAUCCUGGAGACCAGCGAUGUUGCCGAGGUAAAUCCGCCGACCGGUUUGGAUUCUGUCGUGUCGUCUACGAGAAGCGACGAAAAUGAAUACCUGUCCACUCAGCAAGGGUCAAUUGAUCGGAACGUGGAGAUAAUAAUUCGAAUAGAUCCGGACGAGUCGCCUCUGCGUAACGGUAACAAAAAUAACUCUGGAUCAAGCGCGAUUAGGAGCGAGCGACUCAAGGAUACGUUCGAGAUUGUUUCGGCGGAGCAACGACCUACGCUUUUCCUCGCGGAUGCUCUCGGAGUGCCGACGACCGCCCGAGGAACGCCAAGCUCGCGCUUGAAGAACCAUUUAACGGAAAUAGAUCGGCGUGUCGAUGAUCGUCCCGAGGAUAAAGAUGUAACGAGUAAGAUCUCGAGAAUCGCCCGGGACAGGGAGCAUGUCCUCGAUAACGGGGGAAUCAUCCAGGAAGAUGAUACCUCCUCGAUCUUGGAUCGUUCUACAGAGGAGGGGGAGGAUUUUGAUUUCGCUGAAAACGUGACGCGAGCCACGGUACGCGAGACGUCGCCCGUCCUCGGCGAGGAGGUCGACCGCCACCGCCCAGUCGCCGCCCGGACGGGCAAAGGCGUGAGACUCUCCCGCGUGAACCACGACGGUGCGACGAUGGCCGUCGGCCUGGUGGUGAUCGGCGCGAUUAUGCUGCUGAUCGGGCCGGUCGUGAUCAUCCUGCGGAUUCUGGACGAGAGGAGACGGGCGAGGAAGUCGAUCGCGUCACCGGCUAGAAUGCGAGAGGAUCUGCCGCCGACGUACGAGCAGGCCGUUCUCAUGGACGAGGCGCCGAGGUACUCGACGCUCGACCUCAACUACGAUCGCACGCCGCCACCCUCGCCGACUCUCUCGUCCACCGUCCGCCUUUUCGAACGUCGCGACGUAGUCGUGGACUAGACGGAAUCGCAAGUUGUUUGUACUAUGUUGCUUUUUUUAUAUGUAUAAUAAAAAAGACUAAUUAUUGAAA